UCAUUGCACCAACACAAGACCCAUUCACUCUUACAGAUACAGCUGGUGGAGCUGCCAGCAUACCAUUUGGAAAAUGGUGCAAAGACAAAGUUGACUAG